AUGAUAAAAGCGAUACUUGUCAUCAACAAUCACGGAAAACCAAGACUUUUAAAAUUUUAUCAACAUUAUCCAGAGGAGAAGCAACAGCAAAUCGUUCGAGAAACCUUCCAACUGGUGUCAAAGCGCGACGAUAACGUCUGCAAUUUUCUGGAAGGAGGAACUCUCAUCGAUGGAAAUGACUAUCGAUUAAUCUACAGGCAUUAUGCCACAUUGUAUUUCAUAUUUUGUGUUGAUUCUUCUGAAAGUGAACUUGGAAUCCUCGAUUUGAUUCAGGUCUUCGUUGAAACUCUCGACCGCUGCUUCGAAAACGUGUGCGAGCUGGAUCUAAUCUUCCACGUGGAUCGAGUUCACCACAUUCUCGGCGAAAUCGUGAUGGGCGGUAUGGUUCUCGAGACGAACAUGAACGAGAUCCUUCAACGCAUCCAGGAACAGGACAAAAUCCAGAAGCAAGAGGCUGGAAUCACUGCGGCGCCGGCCCGUGCCGUGUCGGCCGUCAAGAAUAUGAACAUUUCCCAGCAGUUGAAGGACAUCAAGCUGCCAGAUUUACCGUCGCUUUCGAAUUUGAAAAAUGCAUUUUGACCUCGAUUUUCUUGGUGCUUCUACUUACACACAUUCCACGCUCAUCACUUAAACUUUUUCCUCACGAGGGACGAGGAAAAGGGGUUUCUAGGCCAUGGCCGAGGAUCCGUCAAGUUUCAGCGGCAAUUUAUCUUGCUUUGUUUUCCGCGUGUUUUCUUUUUUUUUUCACAGAUUUUCUCCCGUUUUUUCUUAUCAAAACUUAUAAAUAAAUAUUUUUUGCAGGCGCUAAAGCAAUUUCCAAGUGAAAAAUCGUGUAUUGAGUCGGCAAGUAGCGGUGAACGUGGGCAUUGUAAUAUGAUGGAUUACGGGAAUACAAAACCUAAACUUUUUCUGAAACAUGAUACAUAUGCUGCUUAGAUGCUAAAACUACCUGAUUUUCAUAUCGAGACCGCUGAAAAAGUUUUAAGGUUUCCAAAAUUCAACUUUUUGUUCGAAAAUCUCGACUUUUUCACCAAAAAAGUUGAAUUUUGAAAAUCUCAAAACUUUUUCAGCGGUCUCGUUAUGAAAAUCAGGUACUUUCAGAAUCUAAGCAGCAUAUAUAUCAUGUUUCGGAAAAAGUUCAGGUUUGGUAUUCCCGUAAUCCAUCAUAUUACAUUGCACACGUUCACCGCUACUUGCCGACUGAAUACAUAAUUUUUCACUCGGAAAUUGCUUUAGCAUCUGCAAAAAAAUAUUUAUUCAUCAGUUUUAAUAAGAAAAAACGGGGGAAAAAUCGGUGAAAAACACAAGAAAACACUCGGAAAAGAAAGCAAGAUAAAUUGCCGCUGAAACUUGUCGGAUCCUCGGACAUGGCCUAGAAACCGCAUUUCCUCGUCCCUCGUUCGAAAAUAGUUGCAGUGGCUCGAGCGCUCAUCUUGUAUUUUUUGAAUGUAUAAAAUUAUUUAUUUA